UUGUUAGUUGAAUCAGACUGGAGCAAGGAGGCUGCUGCGUGCGCAGAGGAUAACCGACUUAGCUGAGGCCAGUCGGCAUGAGACGCGCGCGGAGUGUAACUGGGCCCUUGCGGCGUGCCCACCCCGCCUCGGGGGCCACUUGGAAUGUCCAGGUGGUACGGGGUAAAAUGAGUUCCAAAUGCUUGUGGCAUGCAUGUCGUGCACUUUCAGCUGGCUUACUACUUAUGCUACUUGGUGGUGCCAUGGCAGUCAUAGGGUACUACGCAGACACGUUGUCAGUAGCACAAGAGAUACGUGGUAAUGCAACGAUAUCAGUGAAAGAUGAGGCUCGCGGAUUUCAUCUGAACAACCUCUCAUAUGCCGGACCUAUUGUAAUGGGUUUUGGAGGUUUUAUAGUAGUAGCAGCUUGCGUAAUGACGUUUGAAGCUAGAGACAGUGCUGCGAAAGUUACACCAGCUAGGCCGCAGACAUUACCACGACCAUUACCGCGGAGGGGACCUUGUACCCCCGCCCGUCUAGACCAACUCGGUGUAUACAGAAUACCCCACGUUUUGCCCCUACCCGCUUUGCCCCUGCAACAAACACAUAGAAUACGACCACCUCAUACUCGUCCAAGAUGUGGUGAGAGAGUUAAAGAAAAAGCCCGCUUCGGUUCAGCUCCAGACUUGCGUAGCGCUAGUUGUAGAGCUACGCUUCCGGUUACAGCAUUACGGAGGCCACUACGGCGCUACGCGCUUUCCGUUGACGAGCCGUCGCGCUCGGCCGUCAGUGCCAGUGCAGCGGAAUCUGAAUGUGGAUCACAGUCUUCGUUAGCACUAGAUCUUCAUGGUAGCGGAGCAUGCGCUGGUGUCACCUUACGAGUAAAAGAUAAUACACGAAGACGCCCCCUAGCGAGGCAGCAGCGCCUCGUUGAAGACAUUUCGCAUCCGGUAUCAAGUGAGCGAAUGAAUACGAUUAACGGUAUAGAAGAAUCUCCUACAAGAGGUGACAAUGGAACCCCUGAUGCGGUAGAAAUGGUUCACUUAUCAAUAGAACGUGAAAUCCGAGCAAGUAGCGCUCCCCCUCUCUCUCCAUAUUCCCUCAGGUCCUCUCUACAGACUGAAACAUGUAUAUUAACUGUGGAAAAUGAAAAUGUUGAAGAAGUCAAAAAAUUAGAAGACAAUUGAUAAAGGUAAAACAUAUUUUCAGCUCCUUAACGCUUUAAGUGUUCAAAUAAUGCAAUGCAAAUCUCAAGCAAACUUCACCGACUUCUUUUCACCGAUCACCGAAUUUUUCAUAUAUUACCUGACCUUAGAAUUAUUUCGUCGUUCGUAGUUGUUCGGUUCUGAAGUCGGUUUCGAGAAAAAUAUGGCCUAAUUAAAACAUUAACUUCACUAUGGCUAGACUAAUAUAACUAUGCUCGGGCUUCAUAAAUGUACUAUAAAAUAGCCUAAUAAUAAUUUGAAACCUAAAAAUAUUUUGCACUUAGCACAUUCUUAAUAACCACACUCAAGCAUAAAAGGUAUCACACACUCAUUUUAAGAUGAAAGACUGAUUAAAGCGAAUUUUGUAAAAAAUAUUAACCAUAAACUAAACAAAUGAAUAACUAUGGUUUUUAGUUUGUCGUUCCGAGUAGUAUAUUUAUAUAAUAUCUACAUUAAUUGUCACAUGUUAAUAAACUAACAUUUACGAAAAAAAUUUUUUUAACCUUUUAGUUAUUUAUUAUUAACUUUAUAUUGCGUUGAAUGCAGGUGCAAUAAUAUUAAAGUAAAGGAACCUCUUUUCCAGACAAUUUUAAUGAUUGACUAAUUACAUUUUAACUGCCGCUGAUAUUGACACUACCUAACAAAAAACCUUAAUGACGUCAACUAACGACUAAACAAAAUCGUUAUUGAGGAUUCAUAUAUUGAUUUCCACAGGGUAGGAGAACAAUAUGUAUUUUCUAAUAAUCCUAUAGGUGGGUCCUUUAGUAUUUGAUUCCGGGUUGGAAUAUAUACGAUAAUAAUAUGGUCAAGAAUGAUACAAACAAAAACAAAAGAAAUUGUACAUUUAUGUUGUGUAACUCUACUGACAAUGAGAUUUAGUUCAAAUAUUUUAUAUAACCAUUUAUGAGUGCAUAUAAAAUGUAUCUUAAUACUGUCCAUUUUACCAUUUAUAUUUUUAACAUUUAUAUUUACUCCGGUCGUAUUUAGCGUCGUCCAUAAAGUAACUCUUUAAAUUACAUAAGCUUUUAAUUUUUAUGAAUUUAUAACAUUUAUAGCAUAGCUUAUAUUUUUAUUAUAAGCUAUGCCGUUAUGUUUCUAUAGAAAAAACGUAGCUCUCGUAGCAAUUACGACAGGAAGAAAAUCGGGAGACGUGAACAAAAUAUAUUUGGGUAGGAGGCAUUUGAAAGCUAAAGUCUUUUACUGUCCUAUCUCUGAAUCAGUCGUUAAGUAAUUGGGCAAUAAAUUCGUAACAGCAUUUCUAAAUAUGGUAUAUUUUAAUGACUGAUAAUUAAUGGACGACUCUGAGUAAAACUGAUAGUUUUGAUGUAGCACUUGUGGUGCGAUAUUAAAGAGUUCAACGCAUAAAAUUAUUUUUGGUAAAUGUAUAUAUGCUUAUUCGUAAAAAUUUACUUGUUUUUAUAUAACCUUGCACACCUUCACAUUCAUUAAUAUAUUAUGAUUAUUUUUGACGCAUUAAUAAUUUUUAGAAAUUACAUUUGCUCAAAAUUACACACGUACAGACUAUAUAUAAUGUGUAUACUCGUAAUCUAUGUCUAAUGUAAAAUAAAUUAACCAAACACAUUAAAUGUUGUUAACAGUCAUAAAUUUCUCUAUUGUGUAGUUUUUCUCUUCUUGGUAUACCUUUCAUUCAAUGAAUAGAUAAAAUUUAGAAUGUAUUGAAAACUCAGAUCAACGUAUUUUUAACAGCAUUAUUAAACAUUGGUAUGUCUGAUAUUUUAAUGCGUUCAAAUUAAAAUUCACCGUAGAA